CAAAGUGGCUGGCGCAGAUUUGGUGCCCUGUAAAUCGUACAAGUGUGACUUCGAUUGUAUGCGUGUUCGUUUUUCGGGAUAAUAUUGACGGUUUUUGGUGGAUUUAACAUAUUUCGCUGCGUUUUGACAGUGGGAAGAAUCCCCCUCCUCGACGUGGACGUGGUCAGUUGGCGUGUCCCGACUUGGAGUGACGGCUGAGCAGUCCUAUGAGUCCUCCUAAACAUCUCUGCACUGGCCCCUUUUCUAACUAACUAUAACGCUAACUUUAGUUGUAUCGUGACCUAUUUACACUUUCUCUGGAAGCUGAACACGGACAGGGUUCAAGAUGUCUGUAGCGGGCUUGAAGAAACAGUUUUAUAAAGCCAGCCAGAUGGUGAGUGAAAAGGUUGGUGGUGCCGAAGGAACUAAACUAGAUGAUGACUUCAGAGACUUGGAACGGAAAGUAGAUGUGACCAGUAAAGCAGUAGUGGAGGUAAUCUCCAAAACGUCAGAAUACCUUCAGCCCAACCCCGCAUCGCGGGCCAAACUGUCCAUGUUGAACACCAUGUCUAAGAUCCGUGGUCAGGUGAAGAACCCCGGCUACCCUCAGGCUGAGGGGCUGCUGGGAGAGUGUAUGGGCAAGUUUGGAAAGGAACUCGGAGAGGAGACUAACUUUGGUGGAGCGUUAGUAGAUGUUGGAGAAUCCAUGAAGAGAUUGGCAGAAGUCAAAGAUUCUCUAGAUAUUGAUGUCAAACAGAACUUCAUUGAUCCAUUGCAAGGACUGUGUGACAAGGACCUCAGAGAGAUACAGCACCACCUGAAGAAGUUGGAAGGCCGUCGCCUGGACUACGACUACAAGAAAAAGCGCCAGGGCAAGAUCCCAGACGAGGAGGUUCGACAGGCCCUGGAGAAGUUUCAUGAGUCAAAGGAAGUGGCAGAGACGAGCAUGUACAACCUGCUGGAGACUGAUAUCGAGCAGGUGAGCCAGCUCUCUUCUCUGGUGGAGUCACAGCUGCAGUACCACAGGCAGGCUGUGCAGGUGCUGGAGGAGCUUUCUGACAAACUCCGAGACAGGAUGAAUGAGGCUCAGAGUCGACCAAGACGUGAAUACACACCUAAACCCAAACCUAUCUUUGACUUUGGAGACGACAACCAUUCAAAUGGAGGCUACCCGACCUCGAUGGCCCUGCCACCUUCACGUAACUCAGAGUCGUCUUUCCCCUUGGCCAGAUUGUCCUUUCGGAAACCAAGAUUGUCCCCGGAGCAGCCGAGCUGUAAGGCGCUGUACGAUUUUGACCCAGAGAACGAGGGAGAGCUGGGCUUCCGCGAGGGCGACAUCAUCACCCUGACCAAUCAGAUUGACGAGAACUGGUACGAGGGAAUGCUGAACAGCCAGUCUGGAUUCUUCCCUCUUAACUAUGUUGAGGUCCUCGUCCCGUUGCCACACUAAUACACAGAGCGAGAGAUCAACGAGGAGACUGAAGGAGAGGAGGAGGAGGAGGAGGGGAGAGAGAGAGAGAGAGAGAGAGAGAGUAGAAUUGAUAGAGAGGGAGAAAGUGAAGCCAAGGAAUGGUCUGCAGAGAAUUCAUUUUCACCUUCAGGUUCAACAUCAUCUUCACCGACGAGCACUUUCUGUCAACAGGAUUUUUGGGGAAGAUGGUCACUUGUCAAAGUCCAGACAGGACAAUAGCCUGUACCACCCAGAGGUAAAAGGACUGAAUGGACACACAAUGCCAGAACUCUUUAAAAUGGCAGUCAGAAACAUUUCUUGAACGUUAACUAUCAACACAUUUAUAAAGCAAUAUUUUCUCUAACCACAAAUUACUGAUAAAGACAAUUUGUAUUAAAUCUGGUGACUUUAAUGACCAGGCGACACAUUCAUAUUGAUUUUAUUUGUGUGUGACUGAAGUCCGUUUCAAACUCAGGUUGGUCACUAACUCAACAGUCAGGUGUCAGGCUGAAGAGGUCCACCUAAAGCUCACACUUAAAUGCCAUUUCAUUUCAAAACUGAAAGCAUUUGUGUGUGGGCCCCUUUGGGACUUGAGCUCACCUGUUAGUGCCACCUGCUGGCCAAACGUGAAUUACAUUUCUUAAAUGGAACUACACAAGAAUAGAGAUGUACUUUUAACUUGUGCAUAAAAAGAUAAAACACUAUAUUCACAUUUUUCACAAGAAAUACAAGUUUAAAUGUUCUUUAAAUGUAUGAUUUAGACAUGUUUCAGGUUCUGUUUUUCUAAUGCUCUUUUUAAAGAUGUGUGUCAGCUGUGCACUGAUGAUAGCUUGAGAGAACAUCAGGCCUGAAAUAUAUUUUUUUCAUGUAUUAUUUCAGUAUUUGAUUCAUGUCAGUCUGAACCUACUACAGCAGUUUCAAUGGUUCUUACUGAAUAUUCGAGAAGAUGUAAUUGCACCUUGGUCCUCUAAUGAGAUUUACUCCACCACUUGCUCCACACAGACCCAAAGUUGAAUGCAGACGUUGCACCUUUGUGCCACUUGGGCGGGUGUGUGUUUGUUGUCCAGAGAUGCAGAAUGAUAGGUUGUUUAGGGAUUGUCUGUUAGUCUGUUCAAUAGAGGAAGCGGAGCCAAAAAGUCGUAUUAAAUGCAAUAGAAACAUGAUUGUGAAACUGCAAACUGUUCUGUAACACAGCCAUAUUUACAUUUAGUUUUGGGCCUGUUUUGUGGAAAAUUGUUUUUCUUAUUGAACCCGGCGUGAGGCGCCUGUUAGGUAUCGCUGCUGGCAGUGACUUGAUCUUUUCAUCACUAACUGUCCCACUGUGUCUGUCUGCCCUGUAGUCUCUGAUACUGUGAACUCACCCCUGCUUUCUAAACUCAUCCUGACCUUCUGAUGAUUCACAAUCAUCACAGCUCUGAUUCCAUUUGUUUGUAAGUACACGGAGCUGAUAUAAACAGACUUCUUUUCUUUUAAGUUGAUCUUUUUAGACAAGGCUGGUUCCUUGUUUUGGAUUUAGCCACAGAUGAAGUCUGAUCCAAAAAACACUUUUGAGUACGAGGGAAUAACCUGGAGCGAAAGGGAAAACAUCAAGGGAAAAACAUGUUUAUACCAUUUUGACUUUUGGAACACUUUUGUUACCAAAAAUAAAUCCUGAAAGAAACCGUUAUCAUUGCAUUUCCCCACUGCCAAACACUUCCUCUACUUCUGACUUUGGUCCUUGUCUAAUAUGUUUACAUCUAACUGCAUUUGAACGCUUGUAUCAAGUUCAGGGCAAAGUUAAAGGACUGUCCUAAUCACACUGUUAUUACAACAAGUCCAUGCUUUGUUUUAGUGCCUUUGAGAAGAACAGAGGUAAAGUACUGCAAUGAAUACAGCAACCAAAACCCUAACCUAGCUACUUAAGAAAAUGGUCCCGGAUUUAUUUUCAACAUUUGGUUUUAACUUUAGCCUUUGGCACUUUUUCCUGUGUAAAGAUAAAAUACGUGUGUGCAAAUUCCUGCACAUCUCUGACACUAUGGGCAGUUUCUUGGACGUGUAGUUUGACGAAUGAGAGGUGGAAACUGUUUUUUUUAUGUCUGUUUUAAAACAUGUUUGAAAAGAAAUGUCCCACUGAUUUCUCCUUUUAAAGGGCAAUGUGUUUGUUGAAUCAGUCUUAAAUGCUCUUGUGAACAGCAUGAAUUCAUUGUGGCUCUUUAUUGUAUUCUUUUUUAUAUAUAAGACCUUCAAACAUUUAAAUUAAUCUUUGCAUGUAGUCCUCUAUUUCACCUUUUAUAAAUGUAUGUCUUAGAUUUAAGUUGUCUUUUUACUUUUGUUAUACAAAGUACAGAAUUUAACCGCAACGUUUUUUCUUCUAUUAUCAGAGUAAUGUAUGUGCUUCUUACCUGUCCCCCACCUCACCCCUUCUUACAAUAAA